GACCCGCCUAGAACCUCCUCUCCCACUUCACUUCUUAUUUCUCACUUCAUGCUGGAGACAUCUCUUUCUGUUUUUUUGUGAUUUAUUAAAGCAAACCACGGGGUUUAUCUUACUAAUUCCGAGGUCUGUCUUAAUCCUUAGACUGACGGCUGCAGGUAUCUGCGCCCCGCAGGCUGGUUUGUAAUGGCUCGUGUUCUCCUCGCAAAUAUCUUGCUGCUCCCGCUUUUGCUGUUAACGGUUUUAAAGUGCGAGGCUGACGCCGAGGGGCCUAAACUAAGCAGGAAAAAAAGAGAGUGGAUUAUUCCCCCAAAGACACUCAUGGAAAACAAGGAUUACAGAGGAGAAAUUAUCGCUAAGAUUCGAUCUGAUGAGCAAAGGAAUCAUACGAUUAGAUACUUCUUGGAAGGAGUAGGGGCUGACAGGGACCCUGUUGGUUUAUUCAUCGUGGAUCCGCAAAACGGCGAUGUCAAAGUCACAAAGAUUUUGGAUAGAGAAAAAGGAUCGGUGUUCCAUCUCUUGGGAAUCGCGAAAUUCCAAAACGAGACUAAAGCAGAGAAAGACAUUGCAUUGCGUUUCAUAGUAGCAGACGAAAACGACUGUGCGCCACAAUUUAUUUUCUCCCCAAAUGGAGAAGUCUACGAGUCAAGCCCUGAAGCCACGUACAUCUUGAACUUGACGGCGACAGAUGCUGAUGAUCCAAAAACGCUGAAUUCAAAGAUUUCGUACAGCAUCAUUCAACAAAACCCGGGCGGGGAAAGCAUGUUCUACAUCAAAGCCUCCAGCGGCCAGAUUUACGUUCGAUUACCCACCCUUGACAGAGAAACAGUGGACUCUUACAGUUUAGUGAUAAAAGCCACAGAUUUGGACGGGGAUGCUGGAGGAAAUACUGCAACCACCACCAUUGUGAUUAAGAUUCUCGACAUCAAUGAUAACAUACCAACGCUGGAGAAGGAGUUUUAUGAAGGGAGUGUGGAGGAGAACCUGGCCAAUGUGGAAGUGAUUAGGAUCAAAGCUUUGGAUAAAGAUCAGGUCAACACUGACAACUGGCUCGCAGUUUUCACUAUAGAGUCAGGGAAUGAAGCGGACUACUUUAACAUCACAACUGACCCAGAAACCAAUGAGGGGAUAUUAAUAGUCAAAAAGACACUUGAUUAUGAAGAAUUAAAAGAGCUGGACCUUAAGAUCUCGGUGUCAAACAAAGCCAAGUACCACGUCUCCACAUCGGUGCUUAAGAAGACAUACCCCAUCAAGAUCAAGGUGAAGAAUGUGCCGGAGGGCCCCAUAUUUAAGCCCAGAGUGAAGAUCGUUAACGUCUCAGAGGGCACUGAGACCCACAUCCACACUGCGAUAGUGAAAUACCCGGCCGUCGAUGGAGAUACGUUUGAAAUAGCUAAAAAUGUCCGGUAUGUCAAAGGAAAGGACCCGGACAAUUGGCUGGUUAUUAAUGAAAAAACCGCCGAGAUCAAACUUAACAAACUGCCAGACCGAGAGUCUGUGUUCUUGAAAAACGGGACAUACUAUGCCGAAAUCAUAUGCAUGGCGACUACUGGUUUGCACUCCCAAAGUAGCACUGGGACCAUAGCCCUGAUGGUGGAGGACACCAACGACCACUGUCCAGUCCUGGUCAAAAUGCCUCAGACGAUGUGCACAGACCACAAUGUCAUUUACGUCACGGCUAUGGACAACGACCUUGAGCCCAAUGGCCCACCUUUUGAGUUCACAUUACUUCCCGGCAGCACCAAGGAGGCUCUGACGGUGGAACGGAUCAACGAUACCACAGCUGUCCUCCGGGCCACGAAGUCCCUGUGGCCAGGCACCUACCAGGUGGCACUGGAAGUUCGGGACCAGCAGGGGAAGGCUUGCAGCCAAGCUCAAGUUGUGAACUUCCAGGUGUGCACAUGUGCUAAGGAUGGCAUGUGUGCCAGCACACAGAAGUCCUCCGCUGUGUUCGGGCCGUCGGCCAUCGUCCUUUUCCUCUUGGGGUUGCUUUUACUUCUACUCGUCCCUCUCCUGCUGCUGUUCUGUGCCUGCAGCACUAAGGGGCACUUUCUCGACAUUCCCUUCGACAGUUUGGCACCCCUGAGCUUGGGAAACACGGAAAGAAUUGGGGAGGAUAAAGCGAUCCCACUUCUGCAACAGACUAUGGAGAUUGACCACCCUCUGGGUGCAAUAAAGAAGCACACAGUGACAGGGUUAGGGGCAGGGAUUUCGGGGAUGUACGGGGCGGGGUAUGCUGGGGGGUUUGGGAUGGGGUCAAGCCAUGAAAUGGCGAUGAGCAUGAAAAACUACAACCAUCUUCAAGCAGAAAGGCUAAGCAAAGGAGAGUUUUGGAGACAUAAUCUUGGAAAUACGUCUCAGGUCUCAGUAGGAAUGGCAGAAGAUGCCUUCCAAGGGAUAGCGCUGUCUGAAGAGUUUCUGCAAGAAUACUACAGCCAGAGAGCAAGUCUCGCCCCCAUGGAAUCAGACCCCCAUGCUGAUGCUCUGCUGCUUUACGAUUAUGAAGGGGGCGGGUCCCUCGCAGGCUCUGUGGGCUGCUGUAGCAUCCUGGAGGCGGACAAUGACCUGGACUUCCUGAACCACCUGGACUCGAAGUUUAAGACCCUGGCUGAGAUCUGCACAGGCAAGAGCAUUGAGGUGGAGGGGCCAGCGCCCCAGCCCAAGCCUGCCGCCUACCCCCGCCCAAGCCCCGCCCCCAGCCUCACAAUGGCUCAGAAAGGAUUCGCCACAAUGGCAACCGGGACAGAAGCUGGGAGGACUGGUAGCCUCCACAUGUCCAGCUCGUCCUCGUCCGCCGUGCUGGAGGAGCAGAUGGUGUCGGCCGCAGCAGCGGUGCAGCAAACCGCAGCAACGGUGCAGCAACACGGCGCAGCCCAGCGGACCAUGGUGCUCCCGCAGCCGGCCUUCAUCCUCCAGCCGCAACCGAUGUACAUAGCGGCCGCGCCCAGAUUGCAGACCGCGCACUACUUGGUGGACCAGGAGGCGGCGCUGCAGGGCAUGUACGUGCUGAGUGACACCGUCAAGCCCAGCGGUGUCCUGGCUGGCCCAGUGGCACACGGCACUCUUAGCAAGUCUGGCAAAGUGGUGAUCCUGGAACAGGAGGUGAGCGCCGGUCAAGCAUCUCAGAUAAACCUCGUCCCCGCCGGGACGGCCGCGGCCCAGCAGGUGGUGCUGGUGGAGAGGAGACAGGGCGGCGCGACACAGGCGAACGGGGGCCUGCUGGCCCAAAGUGGCGCCAGGCAGGAGGUGGUCUUCCCCGGUGAUACACACCUGCUGUUACCGGAAGGCAAGUCCUUCCUGCUGGAAGCCCGGCAAGGGUCGCCUCUACUGGGAGACGAGGCCGUAGAGUCUCAGGGUGCCCUGAAUGCUUUGAGCCAGACAAGUUCUAACAAGCUGGUCGUCCAGGAAAAGGUCUACGUCACCGAGAGGAGCAUCCAUGGGUGACCAAGGUGACUCGCCGUCCCUAACAAUGGAACAGUUACAUGUUAAGGAGUAUGACCGUCCGCAUAAAGAGUUAAACCUCCCGUCCACAUCACCUGACUUCUGAACCCGAGACACUGAAUUAUCACACGAGACUUCAGUCUUCCUCAAAGUCGGGCUCAGUCAGCCGUGUUUGCUUUUCCACUGUAUUCAGAAACUCCAGGUGGAAAAGCUCCUGUCCCUACGUCGUUAUUGAAAUGCACUUUGAUUUAUUGAUGGAGCACAGUAAUGCUGUUAUUAGCCCCUAUUAUGAAAAGUCAGGUCAUGGUGUAUAUUGAAUAACACCAACCGCUGGAUCUGUAGGACGCAAACUGCAUUCCUAGUCUAGUUUUCACAUGUUCUGAACCACAGUGACAAAAUAGGGGUAUUAACGGACAGUUUGAUCGUUAUCUAAAUUCGGGUAAAUCUAUUCAUGCGAGCAGACUUAAGCUAAGUUAAGCAAACAUGCAAACUGAUAAAUUGCGUUUUCAUUUUUAUGGAGCCAGAAUUCAACUUAGUUGCAAGGAACAGGAGGACUCUUUGAAACACUGCAUACUUGCAGCACGCGUUUCCAUCUUUCCGAUAAAAGCUUGCUUUUAAUAUAAGAAGGGCUGUGCGCUGUCUCCCUCUAGUGACAGAACAGAAAAUUGCUGCAGAUGCCAGCAUUCCGCUAACCUGCUUCAAAUAUUAAUCACAAAAAUUUGAUUUGAUGAGUUUUUGGUCCCUGUAUAUACUGCUGUAUUUACCACGUUACUUGUACACUCUGAAUUUAUGAAUGAGUUAAUCCCAUUUUAUGGAUUUUACAUGCUGAAAACAUCCAUCCAUCCAUUUUCUAUGCCCAUUUAUCCUAUGCUGAGAACAAUAUUUCCAUAAUUUGUGUUCUAUAGUUCAACAUGAUUUUCUAUUAUUCCUCUAUUAUGAGGCAAUAAAGUCAAUGCACUGAAUUGUACAAUUGAUUGAAAAUGAUCAAUCACUGGAAUCAUCCCAGGAUCAAACAGCGAUUGCAAGGCUUUCGGUACCUUUGGGUGUUUUGUUUACAGCAGAGAUCUUUAUUCACAACGGACAUGUAUUUUUUUCUAAAUAGAACAUUUAAAAAAAGUCAGACGAAAAUGUAUCUUGUUUGUUUCGUUCUUUGUAAAGUGCACUUCGUCCCUGAAUUCAUAGUUAGGUCUUGAACGUUUUGCAAAGUAACAAGGCUGUUGUACGUUGGGUAAAUUACCUUGGCUGUGGGUUUUUUAUUUCUUUUUAUUUUAUUAGGUUAAAUGUACAAUUCAGGAACAGGGCAGGUUGGAAAUUAUGGAGUGGAGUACAAAUGUAUUAAAAAAAAAUCUCUUCAGUAUUCAAUCAGAACCAUAACCAUAUUUUUGUACAUGUACAUUACUCUAUUCACUGUGUUCAUUGUAAGUGACCUAUAAUCAUUUUUUUUUCUUCUUGUCCCUCUUCAUCCAUGGUACAAAGGUAAUAUUUACUAUUUACCUUCUGGGUGGUCUUGCAUAAAAGGUAUUCCUGAAACUGUACACUGGUGCACGGUAAAUAACUGUAGAUGCCCUAUCGCCGGCAAUAUCGCCGCAUGGCCAGUGCAUUGUCACCAAACUAUAGGCACCUUAGUAAAAUCCACCAUUGUAUGGCAGCAGUCUGCGACGAUUUGGAUUGAAACGUGUUCUUCAAUAAACAGUAAACAGCUGUUAAA